UGUUUGUCUUCGAAUGGCUUCUCUGAAUUUUCCAUCAAGUAUUUGUACGGGUGGGUGUAAUUUCCGACCCCCACCCACCCAGACUAUGAGCUUUACAGAGAAUGGCAAAUAUGAUAUAAAACAGGUUAUAGCAUUGCAUCUCACCUUAUGCACCAACCAACCCUACGCAACAAGCUAAGACUAACCUAUCAAGACAAGUCUAACUGCCACAGCUUCGAACGUAACGGAGCAGAAAUGAUUCACAUGGAUUACUCGAAUGAAAAUAGCUUGGCUCAGGCUAUGCGAGGAGUUCAACAUGUAGUUCUCGUCAUUGGAUUUGAAACAGAAAGAGUAGAAAUGUGCAAGAAGAUGAUUCAGCGCGCUCAUAAAUCUGGAGUCAAAAGCAUGAUCAUGGUAUCUCAUAUGGGAGCCAUGUCAUCUACCCAUCACUCCUUGAAGGAAUUUAGUGAGAUUGAAGAAGAACUGUUUUCCACUGACAUGGAUACUGUUAUAUUAAGGGCUGAUUGGAUAAACCAGAACUUCCACCUAUGGUCCAAUUACAUUGAAAAACAUCGAAAGCUACCAAUGACCAUUAGUGACGAUACACAUAUAUGCCCAAUUGACUUAGAAGAUCUCUGCCACAUAGUACAAAAUGUACUGCUUAGUGACGAGGGCUAUAUUCGUGGUGAAUUAGAUGACCAGCAUAUUGGACAAAUAUACACGUUAACCGGUCCAAAGCGAGUUAGUGGAAAGGAGCUCCUGCAAUUGUUGGCAGACACAACCGGUUACCAAAAGUUGACUUACCAUCGCACAAGAAGAAUGGAUCUUUCGUUUUACUUACAAGAGUUGGGAAAAGACAUCUGGUUCGACGCACGAGUUAAGCGCGAGAAGGCGCAAAUCUUUAAUGACGAUUUUGUAAAUUACGGAUACAAGUCAAAAGUAUUCUCUGCACCUAACGGUAUCCAAGUGCAAACGUAUCUGGAUUACUUUGACUACAUACAAGCCAACCAAGGCAGCAUGCAUACUCCCCAUGCUGAACUUCUAGCUAAGCGACCAUGCAAGACACUUGAUCAAUUCUUCAAAGAACACGCAAACACCUUCAAACCAAGAGUUUAGCAAUAAUCCUCCUCUCUUCGAGCAAAUAUGCAAAGCCGCUGAAUUGAUGUUUUUGAAGUAGGCGCGCUCUACUGCGACCCU